CUCUAGCUAGCCCGCGCAAGCCGACUCAGCGAGUCACUGACGACAACAUCGCUUUUCUUCUUAGCCUUCGACGAGCCCACCACCAACCAACCACCAAAACAGUCGGAGAACGGAGGAAUAAAAGUUUUUGAAAAGAAUAGAAGUAGAUCGGGGGAAACAAACGUGACUCGCCUGGAUCCCUUUGAGAUUGUUGAUUUGGUAGCCCAUGUCGUGUUGCUUACCUGUGUGUGCUUGAGCAUUCUACGUGCGUGCGCUAUGCGUUGUUAGCAGUUUAGCAGUGAGCUUUAUUCCCACCUGGAUUGAGGACGUGCUUCAGUACUCAUCGAGUGACCAAACGAGAUCUAGAUCUUAGUCUUCUGAAAUUCUGUUGCAACAUAACAUAAUAUUAUUUGUGACGUGUAACUCGUGAACGCAGCCUACACAACCGUGUCCAUGUGUUCUGUACCAGUGCAGUGAUUGUGAAAUCUUCCAUCUUUGGAUACGAUACGGUUUACUAAGCUGAACCUGCGACUACAAUCAGCGAGAAGACCCUCGUGUCCAGCCACACGCUGCUGUCCUUCUCCGCCCAUCUCUACAGUUCGUUGUGGUCACUGUCCUUGCUUGCAUCUGCGACAGUGUCUGAGAGGCAUCUCGAGCGAGAACGCCCGUAGCCGAGCGUGUCCGAGUGAGCAGCUUUGAGUCGAGCGUGCACGUGUGUCGUGAGCGCCCGCCCCAGCCCGCCCAUGCUCGCGGACAGCCAAGGUCGCCAGUUCCGGAUUGUAGCACGUGCAUCGCCCGGCGUCAAACGUUUGGGCGUUUCUUCUGCGGGGCUCUCGCUUGUCCUCUCCCCAGUGAAACGAGACAUUGAGUUGGACCCCAGCACCACCGUGCAGAUUCGGAAAAAUCACCUCAACAAAAGCCAUAAUAGAUCAAACUACAAACAAAUGCAAAGGCUAUGGUUUUGUAGACUUUGAGAACCCGCAGGCAGCAGAGUUGGCCGUACAGACGCUUCAGGGGCAGGGCAUACAAGCACAGAUGGCGAAGCAACAAGAACAAGAUCCUACCAACCUGUACAUUGCCAAUUUGCCGGUCUACUUCAUGGAGAAAAAUUUAGAAAACAUGUUCAAGGAAUACGGGACAGUCAUCUCCACACGGAUACUCCGUAAACCCGAUGGGCUGAGCAGAGGAGUAGGAUUUGCUCGCAUGGAGUCGAAGGAAAAGUGCGAUCAGAUCAUCAAUGCAUUUAACAACAAAAUGUUGCCUGGCUGCACUGAACCAUUGUUAGUGAAGUUUGCGGAUAGUGGCAACAAGAAGAAGACCACCACCACAGCCCUCACGCCGCGCUUGUUCACACCAGGAAGAGAUGAUGCAAGUAUUUCAGCUAUUCAGUUUGCUUAUGAGCAGCAGGCGUUAGCCAAUUUGAAUGGUCAGUAUAUCAACUACGGUGUACCCACGCCAGCCAUCGUACCAGCCGGCCUCGUACCUCGGGCGUAUACCUCUGUGGCGGCCACAACUCCUGUGACCACAUACCAGAUGUCGAACCCCACGGCCCAGGGCUGGAUGCCACAGUACGUUAUGCAGCCACACCAGAUGCCACACAUGGUAACCGGUAGCAGUCACCCCGGGUCAGGUGGUUCGCUUGACCCGUCCUCGCUGCUGCCCCAGCUGACCAGCCAGAUGGGACAACUGCACCUGUCCAACACCUCGUAUGUCCCAACCCACUACACCCAAGUGUACCAGGCCAGCCCACAGGGAGCGGUGCUACAGCCCGUCAGUGUACCCAUAGAUGAUCAUACAGGUCUGGUAGAUGACAGGACGCAUCACCACUACACUGGCUACCCCUCACUACCCAAAUAAAGUCAUGUCUAGUCGUAGCUUUUCUUCAUGUUGGUGAGAAUUCCACUUCAGCUCAUCCUUGGAUGUCAUGUGACUAUCAAGCCGUCCAAUCGUUGACAUCAGAGACUUUUUGUUUUUCCCCCUGGAGUGGAUGUUUGGCCUUCAGAAAGGAGGACAGUGGUGGCUUAUCUCCCCCUGUUUCUCCUCUUAGAGGGGUCAGACCAAAUAGGGCUUGAUAGAUUUGAAGCAGCAUUCCCGAAAGCCAGGGAAACACCUCCACCCAUCCCUCCCCUCCCAUAUGAUGUCAGGCACUGGACAUCAUGCAACGGUCAACAUACACUUUGUCUUUGUGCAUAGUUUUUUCUUUGUCAAGCCUCAUGUAUUUUAAGAUUGAGAUAAUUAAUUAUUUCUAGAGUGGCCAACAGUUUUCUCUUCACUUCACCCUGAAGAAGGAUUUUGCUUCUGCUUGGUCUCGGUGAACAGAUUAGCUGUUUUUAGCCAUUGGUAUUUUUAAUGUUCAGUUUUCAAAAGAUAGUUAAAGAAAAUAUUUUGAUGUUAUGUGUAGCCCUGGUGUGUUUUCACUUUUUUCAUUUGGGGGUUUCUAUAAGUUAACUUUGAAGUGAGUUGUUUUGUACAACAUCUUAGGGCUUGUAAACAGAUUGGUCAGCGCUUUAUCUAUGAUGUUAUGCAAAGGAUUCAAAAUAUGACUUCUAACUGAAAGACAGGGUUUUUUUAUGUUUGUAAGUUUCUGACUUAAAAAUAGGUAUUUGUUGUGGUGAAAAUAUUAAAUAUUUCAUGCAAUAGGACAGACACAAUGGAGUGAGAGUGUUUUAUUCCGAAUAAAGUUUUCAUUUUCAGAAUUCACUUGCAUUUACAAGCACCUUAAUAUUUUUCUUGUAUUUAUUUUGAAGAAUGAAAUGAAUUUUUUUUUCUUUUAGAUUUCAUGUUUCAAGCAGUUACUUUUUUAAAGAACCUUGACCUCAAUUUUACCAAAAUUACUCUUUCCACUAAUUUUAAAUCAGACUCAUUAUAACUAGUAGCCUUUUUCAAGCAAACAACUUUUUCUUUUCAAAUUAACUUGAAUGGACAUGUUUUUGUUAUAAUAUUUUCCUGUUUGAAAUACUGGAAAGAGAAUCUUUACGUCUUCUGUUCGUACUUAUGAGAAACAUUCACUAAAUACCAUAUGAAUAAAUCAUGAUAACAUUUUCUAAUGAAAUAGAAACUAGUUUGAAUCCAUUGACAUAGAAAAGCUCCCAUAAUAACAACUGUGCCUUCUUGAUGGACUAGUAAUGCCCAGUACUAAGAGUUUUUCCUCACUAUGACUCAUUUGGAUAUGAAGAAA